GCGUGCGCGCGACGGGCGCGAUGGCUGCGCUCGCCGGGCUCCGGGUUCUCCGCGCCGGCAGCCGUCUGUGGAAGCUGCCUGUGCGCCUGUCUGCAGGGCUCCAGGGCUGCGGACCCCGGAGGGGCUACAUCAUGAGCAGCGCUAAGUCUCCCACCUUUGGCUUACUGUUCGACAUUGAUGGAGUGCUGGUUCGAGGCCACAGAGUGAUCCCAGCUGCUCUGGAAGCAUUCAGCAAGUUGGUAAACUCCCAGGGGCAGCUGCGGGUACCUGUGGUUUUUGUCACAAAUGCUGGGAACAUCUUACAGCAUAACAAAGCUGAGGAGCUGUCAGCCCUGCUGGGUUGCAAGGUGGAUCCAGACCAAGUCAUCCUGUCUCACAGUCCCAUGAAAAACUUCCUGCAGUACCACAACAAGCAGAUGCUGGUGUCUGGGCAGGGGCCCCUGCUGGAAAAUGCCAGAGCACUAGGCUUCCAGAACGUGGUGACAGUAGAUGAGCUGCGAUUAGCCUUCCCAGAGCUGGACAUGGUGGACCUUCAGCGGCGGCCGAAGACCAUGCGCCUGAGGAAUGACUUUCCUGCCAUUGAAGGGGUCCUCCUUCUUGGGGAGCCAGUCCGCUGGGAGACAAACCUGCAGCUGAUCAUGGAUGUCCUUCUCAGCAAUGGACACCCCGGAACUGGCCUGGCAACAGCUCCCUACCCCCACCUCCCCGUCCUGGCCAGCAACAUGGAUCUCCUAUGGAUGGCCGAAGCCAAGAUGCCCAGGUUUGGUCAUGGUACCUUUCUGCUAUGCCUGGAAACCAUCUACCGGAAAAUAACAGGCCAUGAACUGAAAUAUGAGGGCCUGAUGGGCAAACCCAGCAUCCUCACGUACCAGUAUGCAGAGGGCGUGAUCAGGAAGCAGGCUGAGAGACGGGGCUGGGCCGCCCCUAUCACGAAGCUGUAUGCUAUAGGUGAUAACCCUAUGUCUGAUGUCUACGGUGCCAACCUGUUCCAUCAGUACCUGCAAAUGGCAAAUCAUGGGGAGGAGGAGCAGCAGACUGGUGGACAACAGAAGCCGCAGGCCUCAGCCGCCCAGAGCUGUGCUUCCAUCCUGGUGUGCACUGGCAUAUACACUUCUCAGGACCAGGCCUCCCAAGGGCCUACUCCCGAAGGGGAAGAGCUUCCGUUCCAUGGGCACCGAGACUUUGGCUUCCGUCCAGAGCUCCUAGAGGCCUCCCACAUUGUCCGUGAUGUAAAUGAAGCUGUGCAGCUCAUUUUCCACCAGGAGGGCUGGGCUUGAGGGUGAGGAGAUGCAGCAGAGGCAGAGGAGGCUGCUGGGACAUGCGCUCAGGGAAUCCUGCGUGCCAGGCUGUGGCCUGGGUCACAGCAUCAAGUCCCAGCCUGGUCUCUUGCCUUGACUCCUGGAACAAAGAAGACUGCAGCUUCAGUAGCUCCAGCAUGCCCUUGGGGCAGCAUUUCCGAAGGGAUGGGUUUCUGGGCCCUUCCUGUGCGACUCCUGCAGCCUGACCUCAUGCUGGUCCCUUUACCUCUGUGCCUCAGUGUCCUCUCAGUGAGGACCUUUUUUUUCCCAGACAGCGUCUCACCAUUGUAGCUCCACCUGUCCUGGAACCACUAUGUAGCCCAGGUUGCCCUGAGACUCAGAUCUGCCUGCCUGUCUUCCCGGUGCUUCCAUCAAAGGUGCGUGCCAUCACACCUGCCUCAGUAAGGACUUUGACAAACAGGGUGCAGUGUGAAGUGAUCUGGAACCUUGUGUCGCACUGAUGGAAGCACUGUGCCUGGAGGGUGACUAACACUCUUGAUAGUGUUUACUGUGGUUUAGUGUUGUCCAGAGACUUUGGGGCUUUUUUUUUUUAAAUUAAAAACUAUCCUAAUAUUUGUUA